CAUUAUAUUACAUUUAUUUUAUCAUGUGAGAAAAGGAAAUAACUCUCAUACUUGGGGUACAUUGCCAAUCACCCUCGCAGAGAACAUAACCCAUGAGUGCGCUCCAAGGAAGUAGCUCGUGCAUGUCUGUUGAUAGUGACCUACUUCACAGCAACCAGCUAUAUCUAGAAUUUUAUAUUUUUCGCAGGUGGAGAUAGGCGUAAACCACACAACGCGACCUUGUCAAGACGGUGGAGUCGAGGAGCACGGAAAGAGCUAUUACUUCAUAUCAGAUUAUCUGUUUGACGAAAUGGCUAUGAAGGGCGAAUUUCUGUCGACAAACACUGUUUUAGGCUGGAGAUACGGCUUCAGCCGGCGCGAGCUGGCGAGGGCCGCGCAGGCACAGAAGCUGUGCGUGACGCACACGGACGUGGUCGGGGCGCUGGCCCUGUUCGACUCGGCGGUGCGGCCGCACCUCGUGCUGACCGCGCCCUGCACGGAGCGUCUGCACCACCGGCUGCUGAGGGAGAAGUACGAGGCCCGAGACGGGGCCAUCGUCCGCAGGAGGGGGGCGCGCCCAGUUCCAGAAAACCCACCUGAUGGAAAGGAGAUUCCUGCCACCACCAACGAGGAUAUUCAAAGAGCGGAAGAAUAUUUCUACGACACCGUCCUGCAGUCCAGGGAGUCUUAUCUUUCCCUCCACCGAAACAAUCCUGGUUUCUUCCUCGAAACCAUUCUCGUCGACAGCUUGGACGAAGCUGUGGGGAAACUGGCUCGAGUCGUGGAACAAGUUCUUGAGUGCUCGACAAAUGAGAAGCCGAUCUACUCUAUUGAAGAUGAUCCCGUGUACCGCGCGAUGACCUCAGCGAGGCUGCUUGAAUUUAAGAAAGAAAUACUCUCAAAUCAGUCAACAGCAAGAAAACAAGCCGAAUCAUUCAAAUCUUAUCAUAGCACAAAACUUAGAAAAUGA